AUGUUUGGCACCUUGCUCUUUGGAUCAUAUGAUCUUUGGAUCUGGCAUGCCUUUUUUGGGACACCAGGUAGUCGUAAUGAUAUUAAUGUUCUUGAUAGAUCCCCAUUGUUUAAUGAUGUUUUUGAAGGUUGUGCACCCUCUAUUAACUAUGUUGUGAAUGGUCGCACAUACAAUAUGGGAUAUUAUCUCACUGAUGGUAUAUAUCCUAAAUGGGCGGCAUUCAUUCCUACAAUAUCACUACCACAAAAUGAAAAAGAAGGUCUAUUUGCCAAAGUACAAGAAGCUAAACGAAAGGACGUUGAGCGUGCUUUUGGAGUAUUACAAGCUCGUUUUGCAAUAAUACGGAAUCCAGCGCUAGCUCGUGACGCAUCAAUGUUAGGAAAAAUAAUGAUAGCGUGUAUUAUUAUGCACAAUAUGAUUGUUGAGGAUGAAAGAGAUACAUAUAAAACGUAUUACGAUCCAAAUGAAUAUGAUCAAGCUACAAAUGCGUCUUCAAGUAAUGAAAAUAAUGAAGAGCCUUUUCAGUUCCAAAAUAGCAACAACCGAAUUGCAAGUUUGGAAACUUACAUGUCUAAUAGAGCACGUGUUCGUGAUGAAGCUAUGCAUAAAGCAUUGAAGAAAGACUUAGUUGAACAUAUGUGGCUCAAAUUCGGUGUUCAAAGUAGGGACAAUAAUAUGCAUUAA